CUCGUUGUAAAUGCCGUCGGAUUGUGUCAGCGGUUUGAGCAUAUAGUAAUGGCGGAGUGCGAGCUCGUGCGCUUGCUAAGAUUGAGUUAAAAAUGUCCUUCGUUCGAAUCCGUCUCACUUUUCAACACUCUCUGCCCCAUACUGAGCUCAAGAACUGCUGGUUUCUCGUUGACACUUCCUCGUGUAACACGGUCGCUGACUUAGAGUAUUUGAUUAGGAAAAGAUUCAAGGCACCUUCGAAGAGUUGUUACGCGGUGAAAUUGUUCCUCGACGAUUUCCUUCUUCCUUCACAAGAGAAGAUAGAGAUCAUCCAAAAUAAUGACCACAUAAGGUGUCUAUUUCCCUAAGUUUAAUUUAUUUAACUUGUGGGUUUGGUAUUAAUUUAGUUUACUAGGCUUGUGCGUCGGUCCACAACGGCAGAUUGUCAACUUUUAAUUGAGUUAGCUUCUCUAACAUACUUUUGGUCUUCUCUCCUCGAAAGCUCAAACUCAUUAAUUUUUUUUUCCUUUUCCUUUCCUUGUAAAUCCUUUGCUUUUUACCUCUCACAUACAACUCGUCACAGAGUUGGCACCAUUUUGAGUAUAUGGGAAUGAGAUAAUGCUCAACUUACCCAUUUACAAAGUCUUCUGGUCUGCAUAUUUGACAGGGUUGAGAUCCAACAAACAACAGAAAAACAGAUAGAUAAAAAGGAGAGAGAUGAACAAGGUGAGUGGAAUGGACCAUAUUUCAGAUGGCUGUUUCACAUUUAGUCUCUAUAAAAAGACUAAAUGCAUAAUUUUCUUUACAGACAACCACAGUCAAACCUGUAUUUAGCAGUCACUCAUGGGAAAUGGCAGUGUAACCACUUAAAACUGACUUCUUGAUACAGGUUCCACAGGAAAGGGGUAUUAUAAAAAAAAUGAUAUAAUAUGCUAUUAUAUGCUAUAAAUGACCACUUAAUGGGCAAAAACAUGCUCAAAAAUACUACUGAUUUUUGAGUGACAAACAUAGAUAAGAUUUACUUGAAAGAUUAUUCUAAGUUUUGUUUGAGUGGUUCUGCUUAAAAGACUGUUCAACACCAAUAGAGGACAAUAGGAGUAAGUACAGGGUGAUCACUACCAUGUAAUUGAGGUGGCUGCUUCUUAGAGGUAAAAAAUUAAUGUAUUUUAAGUGGUAAAAAUUUAGGGACUUUGAAAACUGACUGCUUAAUUCAGGUUUGACUGUAUAGUGCAGAAUGUAGUAAAUCAAAAACAGGCAUAGAACCAUUUUAUUAGAGAUUGUUUUCUUAUCAUCAAUAAUACUCAUGCAGACACUUGUUUACAGCAGUAGAAAACAAAGGGGAAAGGAACAGAAAGAAGAGCAACUUACCAGAUGCAAGGUAUCAUCAGUGCUGUCAAACCUCUCUUCUUUUUAUUAAAAUUAACAAAAACAUUUCUUCAGCAAAAUGUACCAAAAUAUGUCAUUUUUAGUGCUUCUUUACAUAAGCCCUUGGCUAAGGAGACUGAACAACUACUCUGUGUGUUAUCAACUGACCAGCCAGCUGACUUAUUUUACAGAAUACAAUGAAAAGUAAAUUUGAAAAGUUUCAAAUGGCUGAGCUCUUAAUUAGGUUCACAUUAUUUCUUUUUCCUUUGUGUCAGCUCUGAAAGGAAGAAUAUCAGUUCUUGCAACAAUAUACCUUACCUAACUAGAGGUCAUGACUUAUGUAAGGAGAUGAACUGAACAUACAGUGGUUUGCUCCAUGUUCUACUUUAAAACUGGUUUUAAUGCAAUGUUAAACCCCCAAAGAUCAAGGAUUUCAUUGUUUCCUUCUCUCCUAGACUUUUGUGAUGUUUUUAUAAAAUGAUAUUUAGGUGUCAUUGUUACACAUUUAAAUUCUCAAUAUUAUAUUUCCUUGGACUGAAGCCAAGCAAUUGAGGACUGCUAAGAGCUAAAAACUAUUGCCAACUCAAAACAACCAUGUAUCAUUUAGAUGGCUGACCAUUGGAAAAAUGUCAUUGGGAAACAUCAAGAAAAUAGAUGUAAUAUGAAUUUAUUCCCCUUCCAUCCCUGAUGAUCAGGAUGUCUACAGUUCAUGUCUUUAUAAAGUGACAAAAUCUGGGAUUGUCAGAAAAUUUUGAAAUCCCCAUCUGUGUGAGAUUGUAUGACACAUAAAAAUCAGCCUUAGCUGAUACUUUAUGUAAUCUUUCAGAGAUAAACCGAAAAAGAAACAAGUGGACAGGAACAAACAGGUUGUCAGUGAUAGAAAGAUAAAAGGGAAUAACUUGCCAAAGAAAAGAGUACAAAAUGACAAUGAGAUACCUAUGGAGAGUAAGAAGGCCAAGAGAGACAAGGUAUCUUCACAGGAUAGUAAAAAAGUGGCAAGAAAAGAUCCAAAGCCAAAAAAGGAAGCUAAAAGAAGACACAAAUCAAAAUUGUCUUCAGUUGUGGGGAGUGAUGUUGGUGCUUUGUUAUCACAGGAGAAGAUGAGUUCUACUAAAGCUUUUUCAUCUACAACAAGCUCCCAAAUGAAAAAAUUGAAUAAACCUUUGAAAGGAAAAUCUACAAUCCGGCAGAAGCAAACUAAUGGAAUUAAGGUAUCUCUGCAAGGCAAUAAUAAUAAAAGGAAAGCUGCCUCAUUGCUUUUGAAAACAGGUUCAAAAAAAGGCAAGCAUAAUGGAGAAGUAACACUUGGGGGUGAUAGAAAUGCUAUUGAUAGUGACAGUACUACCUCUAAUAGCUCCAGCUCAGCAGACGAAUCCAGACCCACAAGAUUACCAUCUCAGGUAAAAGUGACAAGCAUCACCCAAAGGAAGGUUGAUUCUGAUGAGUCGAAAAAAGAUGCUCACAGAAUAACAUCAAAAGAAACAAAUGAAAAACAAGGAAAGAAUACAUGUAACUCUAUUCCUAAAUCAUCUUUGACUUUGUGGGAUGUCAGUGAGGGAACAAGAAAUGACAGAUCUUUUUCAUCACCAUCAGAAUCUUCCAGGGGUGUGGAAAAGUCAGAGAACUCUUCUGUUUUUUCUCAUGGAAGUGGGAAGGUGAAUUCAAGAACUGAGAGCACCAGCAAGAACACUUUUUCAUCCUUAGAAAACCCUGCAUUGUCAUCCAGAACAUCAUUCCAGUCACCUAAUUCUGCAUAUAGUCAGACACUAACAAGACAAAAAAUUGAGACAUCUGACAAGCAAUCUGCCACUUGUUGUAAUACCAAGCAAAUGAACACUACUGGACAAGUAUGGCCUCUAUCAAGUGCAAAUGAAAGACAUAGCAAAAAGCCAGGUAUAGUCAUUGUUAUUACAGUCAAAGCUCUUGUAAUGGAUACACUUGACAGAUUUCAUUUUAAAAUACUCCUAUUAAUACAAAUUCCUAUAAGAAGCCAGCUCUGAUAAUGGAAAUUCACUGUUUGUGUACCAUUACAAUUGGGGCACUAUUAGUGGUUCCAUUGCCAAAAUUUUUUAAACUGACAUCAUAAUUGUAUUGCAGACAGAAAAGAGAGUUACUAAAGAGAUCUUGGGAGUGAAAGGGAUUAAGAGUAAAGAAAUUGGAACAUUGCUGAAAUUUUUCUCGUUCAUGUACUCUGUAACACUUGCAGACACCCUGUGAAUAUAGUUAUUAACUGGGGUUCUCUCAGUGUCCAUGUUAUUUUUGUGGAACUCUCAAAGACUUUUCACCUUCCUCACUCUCUAAUAGAAUCCAGUCAAGAAACCAGCCACAUCAGAUUUGAUUCAGAGGAGUCUGAAGAAGAAAGUAUUGACAAACAACAGGAAAACACUGGUUUGACUAAUGGCAACUCAGAGCACUUAUUAACCAAUGCAGGUUUAACCCCAUAUUUUCCACCAUGUACACAAAAUCAGCCACCAGAGACCCCAGAAGCAGCUGUCAGUGAGCUUAAGGUAAUUCCUAUAAACAGGAUACACUCUACAGUCGUUUUUAAAACAAUGGGCUAAUAUUACUUGUUUUUGCCUUCUGUACCAGUUGAAAAGCAUCCCAAACUCACAUCUCGAGAAAAAGAAAAAGAUUCAUAAUUUCAUGAAAGUGUCGCACGUUAUGACAUCAUGUUAAGUUACACAAGGAAUGGUUGAGAAGUUGAAAACUUUAAUUAAAAAGGAAUAGUAUGGGGAAAGAAAUAUAAUGGUAGAUUUACAAAUGCACUUUCCAAAAUAUGAAGAUUUUACACUUAACAAUAAAACUUCUCUCUCCUUUUCUGUUCAUUGUGGUUUGUGGCAUUCUCUGUUCAUUGUGGUUUGUGGCACUCUCUGCUGUUUCAAGCUUGCUUUGCAAUCACUGUUAUUUCUGUUAUAAGACCAGAGUCAAGGUUGCACACUAUGAUACAGGGGCCUGAUGAAAUGUUUGGGGCAAGGGUAACAUGUGAUGUAAAAUUAUCCUUUCCUGAGGGAAUAAAUGUACGCUUUUUUUUUACAUCAUGACUCCCAGCUCCUUAGAGAAGAACCUUUUGUACUGUUUCCAAAUUUCUCUUACUAAAUACAUAAUAUUAUAAAGUUGAUGAUUCAAUUAUGCAGUGUGACAAUUCACUUAAGCACUGCACAAAGCAGAAGAAUAGCCCACACAUUAAAACAUCCUUCAUUAUAAGAUUUUUGUGAAGAAACGCCUCUUAUAACAAUUUACAGUCCUUUUUAUUUUGUUUAGGAGACAACAAUGCAAGAUUACAGUCUCUGUACUCCACUUCAUGGCCCUCCCAGAAGUAGAGAUAAGAUAGCUUACAAGGUUGGUUAUGUACAUGAAAACAUUUAUAUACAAUAUUUAUAUAUUAUUAUAACAUAAAAAAUUAUAAAAUAAUUCAAAUAGUACACGCACUCUGAUUGGCUAUAAAACCAUUUUACAUGAGUGUAUGUAAACACGGUUUUCAUACUGAAUCUUCUUGCAGAGUUCUCCUUGCUAUUUAUUUAGCAGUAACUCAGUUUCUUUAAGUUUAUUUUGAGUACAGUAAUGGAAUAAGAAGGCUAGGCUAUGGCUAUGUAAACACGGAAACCAUUUUACAUUUUUUCAUGAACAAAUGAGAAAAUCCAAAAGAGUUUAUACAACACAUUUAUGCUGAUGGGAGCCUUAUUAAUGUUAGCAUAAUAGUUUUUUGCUUGUUUUAUAGGCUGAAAACUAUUAUGGUUUUCAUUGAUCGGUAAAAUUCCUUAAAAUCUGAACACAACUUUUUUAUCUUGUUAAAGAAAAUCACAAUAUUGAUAAUAAUAGUGACGACAGUAAUAAUGGUAACAAUACUUUUUUAAAUGUACAUUUUCAUGGUAAAGUGCAAAUCAUGUUGUUUUUUAUUUUUAUUUUUUUAAUAACAAAGUGAAAGGAAAGACUAAGAUUCUGAAGAAAUCUUAAAGAAAGUAGUGGAUAAUGUAUCCUACACUGCCAAGUCCUGAGUGAUAUUUGUGAAAAUUCCUUGUCCUUUGCGAGUUAAUCCUUUAACUCCCAGAAGUGAUUAACAUGUAACUUCUUCCUAUUAUAUCCAUACAUCAUUCAGCAAACAGGUUAUGAGAAUACUCAAACUUAUCAGGUAGAGGUUGUAAUCUUGAUCUAACACCAAAGUCUCAUCACUUAUUUACUAGGAAAUGUGUAGCAACCAGAGGGGAGUUUAAUUAGUUUAAACUUUAACUCCCAGAUCUUGGGAGUUAAAGGGUUAAGGAUUAGGGCACAGCUGGGGAGGAUGGUUUGACCAUCCCCCCCCCCCUUAUUUUAACAAAGGGAUUAUUAGCAAUAGGCCAUAUUUCUGUGCUCCUGAAAUCCAAUAAGAUUUAGUUGUGUGCAGCUUCUGUUGAAAUAUCCCUUUCUCUGCUUAUAUUGUUAUAAUCAGGCAUACUCUGGCUCUAAAGGUUAAAUUUGAGAUUAUGCGUUAGUCUCUCUUAGCUUGUUGUUUGUUUUCGUUGGUUUUUUUCAAUAUUUUUGAAAGGGUCGAGGUUUAAGCUCCAGCGAUAUUCUGUAGUUUAAACUGUGACAACCUUCUUUCAGCACCUUACAUUUUGCUUUUAGAUCUUCAUAGAGCACUUUUCAAUUGAGUUAAAAAAAUCCCAAAAAAAAUCACUGUGGCCAAUCAGAGAAAAAGAAACCACUUUCUAAGAGUCAAUAAGAACUAAAAUUGAAAAAAAAAUUUGCGGGAAAACGCGGGUGACCAAGUCGUGAUUGGCUUUAGUUUUGCAUCUGAUUGGUUGAGAGAAUGAUGCGAAUUUUCUGGUCCAAUCGCAGAGCGCAGUAAAGCAAAACCAAUACAAUCUUGGAUUACUUUCUAAAGGAGAUGGUUAGUUAACAACAUUAGCCUUUGAUAAAAAGUAAGGAUGAAUUAAGGUUGGUAAAUUUGCAAGAUUUAAAGGGAUCGUGCUAAGAAUGAUACGCACGCGGCUCAUGUUUAUGAGGACUGUCGUAACAACGGGAAACUUGGAAAGUCUUCAUACCAGUGGCCAAGUUCUCUCAUGGGACUAUGUGCUUUUCUGAUAUUUUAGCCAUUGUACAAUCCCUUUUAUCCACACUUUUGACGAACGAAAAUGAACAAAGGAAAUCUGUUUGACUUCAGAGGGGGAAUGGCGCAACGUUUGACAUUCUGAAAUCCGUUUUCAAUUUUGAGCACACUGACAUAGAAUUGAAAAGUUACCUUCCAUUUUAGCACCAUGUAGAGCAUUUGAUAGGACAAAUGCGAGUGAAAGCGCCAUUAACGUAGUCACCCACUUUAUCUCCGAUCUGUAACAAAAAGAUUCUCUCGCGAAAAUUACAAACUUGCUCUUUCCGCGAAAACUAGUGGAGAAAAUGAUUGACGUCAUAAUAGCUCCUAAUGACGUAGACGCUCGUGGAAAUCGCGAAAAUUCGGUUCCAUGCCUCUUGAUUUCAGAUACCCCGAGAAGCCAGUGUGGAAACGACUAAGUGGAGCGCCUCAGGAAAACGAACACAAUGAUUAAUGAUACGUGAACAAGAUUACUCGUUUCGUUUGGAGUUAUCGACAAAGAGUAACACCAGGUCUCAACUUCAUGCGACAACAACAAUAACAAAUUUUGUAGGCGCCGGAAUGACAUGUUAUUACGUAAUUGUCUUUGUUCGUGGUUUUCGUUUUUUGCUUAGCUAAGUUUUCACGUCUUCGUGGCUUUUGUCACCUUCUUAAAAGAGUCUUGUAGUGUGAGCCAGGCUUCUUCCCGAUACUUCCUAAUCCGAUCCGAUGCUAGCCGAGUGUUAGAGUGCCUUCCGAAGGAUCUCGAUAUUAGUUUUGGUGCUUCAUCCAACCAGCCAGUUUAAAGUCGUAGUUUGUAGAGUGGACUGGUCAAGAAACCCGUUAGGUUUUUUGUACUACAGAAUAUUGUUAGUUUUUUGGACCCUGCUAUGCACAAGUUUUAGUGGCGGCCUUGUCAUACUAAACGCACUGACCCUCUAUUCAUUUAUUGACCCUUGACAACUUAACAUUAGUAUUCACAUUCUCCACACUGACCCUUUUUCAUUUCUUAUGGCAAUGAUAAGGAGAAUUUGUUUGACAAUCAGGAGCGUCUUAAAUCGGUGAUCAUUUCCUUUAUUCUCAUGACCUUUAUUUUUGAUGUAAGGGAGAUCCGUAGGGAGAAACUGGAAGCCAGUCGCUUUUAGGAGUUAAAGGGUUAGGCUACAAUGUGUGACCAUAUCCUUCGUCCGUGACAUGAUUUUAAGCAGUCAUGUUUAGAGCAGUGUUGUCCAUUUAUUUUUGCUCGGUAAUUUUCUUUCCUUUCUUGUUCAACAGAUACUUGAACUAUCCGCCUCCUAUACUCCUGAAAUCUCAGAUUACAAGGUGCUUGUUUCGAGUCAAUUUUAUUUUUUUGUUUUGUCGUCUUCGAAAACUGCCUGGUGAUAGAAACUCUUGGGGAAACAAAGACAGUUUUCCCGCGCUUGUCAAACACAGGUUAUCUGUUUCCCUACGCUUGACGCGCUUAGCGUAUUAACCUACUUUGGGCACCGAUCGCAUGUAAGAGCUUUGAUCUCCUACAACUGUUCGUUGAGAUUUGCCGGAUGAUUUUCGUUUUGUCUCAAAAGAGGAACAUUUCUGUGUUUGCGUAUCCAAUUCACGUAAAGCAGUUGUCUCCUAACAUAUGCGUGUUUUUGUAAUUUUUUGCAGGAAGGUACUGUUCUUGCUUUUGAUCCAAGCAGUGGAACUGUUAAGAUGGAACUCUCAAAGGAGUCGCUAAAGAAGUCGUUAGGUAUACUCCGGGUUAAUCGUUUUAUUAGAUUAACUUUGGAUUCAAUAUCACGAGUUAUCCCAUGUUACUUCCGUUUUGCUUCACAUGGUCAGUGAUUGGUUAAGAGAACUAGUGUUAUCCUUUUGACCAAACAGAUGCAAAGCUAAAAGGUCUUGUGACUUGAGGCUGUUUCUUGUGAGCUCUCGUGUAAUGUCGACCUUUGUCCUGAUGGGACAUCAACUGAAUUGAUAACGUAAAUUGGCUACCGAAAAGAGUUUAAAAGCUGACUUUUCGAGCGUUAGCCCUUCGUCCUUCGCUCUGACGCAGGGCUAACGCUCGAAAGUUAAGCUUUGAAACUCUUUACGGUGGCUAAUUUACGUUAUUAAUUCAGCUGAUAAUGCUAAAUAACAGUGUUAUACUCUCCCACCGACGUAGCACCACAUUUUCUUUAUAAAUUUUUCCCCUUUAUUCCUUUGCCCUCAUUGGCUGAGAUGAUCAGUUUGGUGUUGGCUAGUGUUAAUCACACUAAACUUAAUGUGAAAGGGCUCAUUUUGAAUUUUGACGACUUGGCUAUGCAGCUUUCAGCUCGAAAAUUACUAUUUUAAUUCAUCACCAGUCUUAAUUCAGUAUUUUUGAAACAUCCAAAUCAAAUCAAACAUUCGCUGACCUGAUCCAGCAUAGGUCGAUUUGGCGACAAGCGCGGGAAAACAUGCAGCCGGGACUAGGCGCGGAACGCACGCUUAAUAAUAACGUUCAACAAACAAAGGAGAAGAAAGGCAUCACCUCCUUAACAGCGAACGGCUUCUCGGGGCGACUGCGUCGUUUUACUUUGUAUUUCAUAAGGUUGCCUUGAAGCUCGUCCUUUAUAAAUUAGGCGCAUUUUAACUAGAUACAGGGAAAUAAUUGAAUGAACAGAUUACCCGAUUAAAAGCUGUUCUUGUUUCAAAUUUUUGUAGGCGACGGAAACGUGACCGGAAAAUUUGAUUUGGUUUACGAUGAAAGUGAAGAAAACGGAAACGAUAAAGUGGAAGAAACUGAGGUGAGAGUCCUGUUUAUAUAUCUAUUAUUCUGUUUUUGAACUCUCUGCACCCUAACAUCAGUAUCCGGCCAUAUUCUUCAAACAGUUCUCCAUACAUUACCUAAGGCGAUGACAAGGAGACUUUGUCUAACAGUCAAAAGCAUCUUUAGAUGGUUUUUAUUUCUCUUAUUCUCGUGAACUUAUCGUUUGAUGUAGGGGUGAUAUUGUUUGGAGAAAUUCAUGAAAAAUGAGAAAAAUGAAUUACUGAUCAUGUAACUGUACGAACAUUUCCCAUACAGCCGUUGGGUCACACCGUUUUGCAAUCGAGUGUAUGCAGAGUUAACGAAAGUACAAUUGAGCUUUCGAGAAAAGCUGAAAAAAAACAGAGGUAAUCUGGGAUGGACUCUCUUCUUGUCUAAGAGAAGUUGCCAUACUUGAUGAUGUAAUUACUCUCUACGUUCUUAUUUUGAACGUUGCAUUUCAGACUGUUGUGCCGUGGAAUUCCAUGAUUGAUCCUGUUCUUGUCGAGUAACUCAGUGAGACUGGUACACCAUUGGUUCACCUAUUUCUUUCUCUUCAAUCGAUAUUGCCGUGUAAAUGAUAGACAACUUGGCAGGACAGUGCUACACUGGGAAAGACGAGGAGCAAACGAGGGGACUGGGACAGGGGCCUCUGGUCAGGGCCUUGGGAUGUAUUAGUGUCAGUUAAUUGAUGUUAUAAAUGAAAGCAGUUAAAUGACAGACUGUGGGAAGAUUAGUCUCGUCAAUGGAAACGAUUUUGAGAAAAUUGAAUUUCAAUAGAGAGAAUUUACACAGGGUGUGUGGUUAAACAGUCUUCAGUUUUUUAUCUAUAGGUUACAAUGACUGUGGCGGAAUGGAAGUACUUCAGCCCCUGCUCUCAUCGUCGCUCUCUGUUCCACUUUUAUCACUUGGAAAGACAGAAACCCAUCACAAAAGAGUGGAAAACAUUCUUUUAGAAAUAAAUUUACUUUCUACUUUCUUGCGAUUUUCACACGUGAACUAAAGUAAUUGAUAAGUUAAAGUUUUUGUUGCUGCUAUUUGUUUCUUUAUGGCAAAAUUAAUGUGUGUGACAACAGGCGUGGUUUGCCCUCCUUUCAGAUACAGAUGCUAGUAUACGAAGCAGUCUUUACACAUCCUAUGGCUGUUCAAAUAGUCAUUCAUUGUGCUCUUUUCAUUUGUGUUAUAAACUGAAACGAAAACUCAUUGGUCCAACUAAUAAAAAUAAAUUAAUGAAUCAAGAAAAAAGUAACAACGAAUUACAUGACACUGGCGCAGUUGCCAUGCAACUGACUACAAUUGGAUUGGUUUGAGUUGAAUCUGAUCGCCAAGGAAGGUGACGCAAGUUCAAGCAAUUAGAGUGCUUUUCGAUUGUGUGUCCAUAAACAAAAACGAAAACAAUCACAACAGCCAACCGUACCGAGUAAAAAAAACACCAGGAGCUAAUCAGAACUUGAGGUAUAAACAAACAAACUGACUGAAGCGCGGGAAAACGCGAGUGACCAAAUCGCGGUAGGUAGGUUUUAGUAAUGAAUCUGAUUGGGUUAUAUGAUGGCGCCGGUUUUCUGGACUAAUCACGGAGCGAAGUCAAACAAAACCAAAGAAAUUCCGGAUUACUUUGGACACUCAAUUGAAAAUUGUUCUUUGGAGCUUAUUAUGUAACGCAAUUUUCGGUUGAAGUAGUCAGUAGCUUGCGUGGCUGGCUGUUUUUAAGGCGCUCGAUGAACAUCUUUGUUGGUUUCCGUUGCCCAAGAAUACGAAAAGGGUUUACGCUGUGUUGUAGGGAAGAAUAUUCGACGAAAGGACAGGAAGAAACGAAGUUGGCGUUUGGUUAUCUCGCGUUUAUGAAGCGAGUAAAUCAGGAAAGAAGUCAAUACCACUGUUGCAGUACCUAAUUAUAAGUGUACUAUGUGAAUGAUUAAUUAUUAAAGAAAAUGGUGAGAUUGUAGACAGUAUAACGGAGGAAGCGAUUCCAAAACUUUAAAGAUAAUCAUAUGUUUCUAAGCAGGUUGUCGCAGAUUGGAUAGCAAUUCUAAAAUUACGUGUUGAGAGUGUCGUAUUCGCAGCCCCUAGUGAAGUACGCGAUGUCAUUUGUAGAGGUCAAAACCGUAAACGUCAGCUUUAUACCAAGCAAAGUUAUGUCGUGCACUACUUACAAUUUAUAGAAAAAAGGUAGUUUAAAAGAAAACAAAAAAGUGCAGGAAAAAAUGAUACAAACAUCAAAUUAUAGGUAAACAGAAUUAAAGAAAACACUAA